AUGGCACUUCAGAACUCAAGGGCCCUUCGCCUAACUGACGGUCAGCUUACGAGGGAUGAUCCAGGCAGAAGCGGCCACGCAUUUUACCCAACCACUCUGCAAUUCAAAAACUCUGAGAAUGCUAAGACAACUCAAUCGUUCAGUACUCGUUUCGUGUUCGAAAUCGUAUUGGAGCUCCAGGAGUCAGGUGGCCAUGGCUUCACCUUCGUCGUGGCGCCCUCCACCAACUUCUCCGGAGCCAUGGGAGACCGCUAUCUCGGCCUCUUCAACCAGGGGAACAACGGAAACCAAAGCAAUCAUAUAUUUGCAGUUGAAUUCGACACAGUUCAACAAGCAACUUUGAAGGAUAAAGAUGCAAACCAUGUGGGCGUCGACGUUAACAGUGUGAUAUCCUAUGCCUCUGCACCUGCUGCUUACUAUACGGAGCUUGGCAGGAAAGAAAAUGUGAUUCUGGACAGCCGGACGCGCAUUCAAGCAUGGAUUGAGUACGAUGGCAACGAGAAGCAGCUGAAUGCCACCAUAGCUCCAUUGUCACACCCACUCAAACCUAACCGUUCCCUCAUAUCAUAUCCCAUCGAUCUAUCUCCUGUUUUGAACGAACACAUGUAUGUUGGCUUCUCUUCUGGUACGCUAGCUCUAGCAAGCAAGCACUAUAUCUUGGCAUGGAGCUUCGCGAUGGACGGAAAAGCACCAGAACUGGACCUCUCAAGCCUUCCCUCUAUUCCUCGUGAUCGUACUCCUCUGUGGAAGUCGUUUAAGUUAUUCUUGUCCGUUUUUGUAGCAUUAGGGGCUCUGUUGUUGCUCAUCAUCACUGUUAUCAUUUCUUAUUGGAUCAAAAGGAAGAGGUAG